UAUCUCUAAAAAGAACCCCACCGGUUAAGUCUCUCUCUCUCUCUCACUCCACAAACAGAUCAACAUCUUUAUUUCAGGAUUGCUUGAAAACUGGAGGAAUCUUUAAGGUUAUAAACUUAUAAACCAAGAAGAGAGAAAGAGAGAGGAGGUAAACAUAAGGAUUUGCGAGAAUAAGAAGAAUGGUUACUUUAUCAGCUUGGCCUUGGGGAAACUACGGCAAUCUAAAGUAUCUUUUGUACUUUCCAUUAGCUGCUCAAGUAGCAUACUCGUUAGCAUACGAAGAAGAUUACUCGAGGUCUUUUUGGUGUCUCAAUAUCCUCAUCAUCUGUGGACUCAAAGGACUCGUUCAUGUCCUUUGGAGCGUUUACAACAACAUGCUUUGGGUGACUCGCUCUCUAAGGAUUAACCUUAAAGGUGUUGACUACAAACAGAUUGAUCAUGAAUGGCACUGGGACAAUUACAUACUUCUGCAAGCAAUAAUAGCUAGCAUGAUCUGUUACAUAUCUCCUCCACUGAUGGUGAUUAACAGUACUAUCCCUCUGGACAUCCCUCUGUGGAACACGAAAGGACUCAUCGUGUUGAUUGUACUACACGUCACCUUCUCAGAGCCUUUAUACUACUUUCUUCAUAGAUCUGUUCAUCGUAACAACUACCUCUUCACGCAUUACCACUCUUUCCAUCACUCAUCAACUGUUCCAAAUCCCAUGACGGCUGGAAAUGCGACGUUAUUGGAAAGUCUUAUCCUCUGUGUAGUAGCUGGAGUUCCUUUGAUUGGGUCUUGCUUGUUAGGUGUUGGAUCAUUAAGCUUGAUCUACGUAUACGCUAUCAUGUUUGACUUCCUAAGAUGUUUAGGACAUUGUAACGUUGAGAUCUUCUCUCACAAGCUGUUCGAGACUCUUCCAAUGCUACGAUAUCUCAUCUACACUCCAACGUACCAUAGUCUACAUCAUGAAGGCAUGGACACAAACUUUUGUCUGUUUAUGCCUAUCUUUGAUGUCUUGGGAAACACACUAAACCCAAACUCGUGGGAACUCCAAAAGAAGAUUCGUUUAGCUGCAGGGGAACAGAAGAGAGUGCCGGAGUUUGUGUUCUUGGCUCAUGGGGUAGAUGUAAUGUCAGCGAUGCACGCACCGUUUGUGUUCAGAUCGUUCGCUUCAAUGCCAUACACCACGAGGCUCUUCUUGCUGCCGAUGUGGCCAUGGACGUUCAUGGUAACGUUGGGCAUGUGGCUUUGGUCAAAACCAUUUAUUUACAGCUUCUAUACCCUCAGGAACAAUCUUUGCCAGUUUUGGGCCGUUCCAAGACUUGGCUUCCACUACUUCUUACCGUUUGCUAAACAAGGCAUUAAUAAUCAUAUCGAGGCUGCGAUUCUGAGAGCUGAUAAGCUUGGUGUUAAAGUUAUAAGCUUGGCUGCUCUAAACAAGAACGAAGCUUUAAAUGGUGGUGGGACGUUGUUUGUUAACAAGCACCCUGACCUUAGAGUACGUGUGGUCCACGGCAACACGUUAACCGCAGCAGUGAUUCUCAAUGAAAUUUCAAAAGAUGUGAAAGAGGUGUUCUUGACGGGAGCCACUUCUAAGCUGGGAAGAGCCAUCGCUCUUUACCUCUGUCGUCAGGGAGUGAGAGUUCUCAUGUUGACGUUAUCGACGGAGAGGUUCCAAAAGAUUCAGAAAGAAGCUCCUGAUGAGUUCCAGAACUACCUCGUACAAGUGACCAAAUACAACGCUGCUCAACACUGCAAGACUUGGAUCGUUGGGAAAUGGUUAACGCCGAGGGAGCAGAGCUGGGCUCCUGCAGGAACGCAUUUCCACCAGUUUGUGGUGCCACCAAUCCUCAAGUUUAGAAGGAACUGUACUUACGGUGAUCUAGCAGCAAUGCGGCUCCCUAAAGAUGUUCAAGGAGUAGGAACCUGCGAGUACACGAUGGAGAGAGGGGUGGUCCAUGCGUGCCAUGCUGGAGGGUUGGUUCAUAUGCUGGAGGGUUGGGAGCAUCAUGAGGUUGGAGCCAUUGAUGUUGACCGUAUUGAUAUAGUGUGGGAAGCAGCCAUGAGACAAGGGCUAAGCUCUGUUUCUUCACUCAGUGAUUGAGUGAGAGAGAACCAUUUGAUUGUUGUCUUUGAUUCUUCCAAGAUUUGGCCAUUCUUUGUACAUGUGAAAGAUGCAAGCAGGGAAAAAAAAUACAAGAAUUAGAAUUCCACCUUAUGCUAUUGUUUCACCUUUCUAAAUUAAAGAUGUAUUCCACAUGUUAGUUUUCCUUAAGAUUCAUAUUUGCAUGCA